CGCAGGGCAGCUCGCCGCGGCGGCCCCUGUUAGCUGCGGGCGCGGGCGGGCCGGCGCCCCCGCGGCUCAUCGGCCCCACCUGCGAGGAGAGGGCGGGAUGCUGGAGCCAGGUGUCCCGGCGCUUUAAGGGCCCUCACAGUCGGACCGCCCUGCACGGGUUCUCGCGCUGGCACUAGCCUGCCUGGAUCGUUUUUUUGUGGGAAGCCCUUGGAGCAGCCGCGAUGGCCAGCACCAGGAGCAUUGAGCUGGAGCACUUUGAGGAACGGGACAAAAGGCCGCGGCCGGGGUCGCGGAGAGGGGCCCCCAGCUCCUCUGGGGGCAGCAGCAGCUCGGGCCCCAAGGGGAACGGGCUCAUCCCCAGCCCGGCGCACAGUGCCCACUGCAGCUUCUACCGCACGCGGACCCUGCAAGCCCUCAGCUCGGAGAAGAAGGCCAAGAAGGCGCGCUUCUACCGGAACGGGGACCGCUACUUCAAGGGCCUGGUGUUUGCCAUCUCCAGCGACCGCUUCCGGUCCUUCGAUGCGCUCCUCAUAGAGCUCACCCGCUCCCUGUCGGACAAUGUGAACCUGCCCCAGGGUGUGCGCACCAUCUAUACCAUCGACGGCAGCCGGAAGGUCACCAGCCUGGACGAGCUGCUGGAAGGUGAGAGUUACGUGUGUGCAUCCAAUGAACCGUAUCGUAAAGUUGAUUACACCAAAAAUGUUAAUCCGAACUGGUCCGUAAACAUCAAGGGUGGGACAACCCGAGCCCUGGCUGCUGCCUCCUCUGUGAAAAGUGAAGUAAAAGAAAGUAAAGAUUUCAUCAAGCCCAAAUUAGUGACUGUGAUUCGAAGUGGAGUGAAGCCUAGAAAAGCUGUGCGGAUCCUUCUGAAUAAGAAGACCGCUCAUUCCUUUGAACAGGUCUUAACAGAUAUCACCGAAGCCAUUAAACUAGACUCAGGAGUAGUCAAGAGGCUCUGCACCCUGGACGGAAAGCAGGUUACUUGUCUGCAAGACUUUUUUGGUGAUGAUGACGUUUUUAUUGCAUGUGGACCCGAAAAAUUCCGUUAUGCCCAAGAUGACUUUGUCCUGGAUCACAGUGAAUGCCGUGUCCUGAAGUCGUCUUAUUCUAGAUCCUCAGCUGUUAAGUAUUCUGGAUCCAAAAGCCCUGGGCCCUCUCGACGCAGCAAAUCACCAGCUUCAGUUAAUGGAACUCCCAGCAGCCAACUUUCCACUCCUAAAUCUACGAAAUCCUCCAGUUCCUCCCCAACUAGCCCAGGAAGUUUCAGAGGAUUAAAGAUUUCUGCUCACGGCAGAUCUUCUUCCAAUGUAAACGGUGGACCUGAACUGGAUCGUUGCAUGAGUCCUGAAGGUGUGAAUGGAAACAGGUGCUCUGAAUCAGCUCUUCUUGAGAAGUACAAAAUUGGGAAGGUCAUUGGUGACGGCAAUUUUGCAGUAGUCAAAGAGUGUAUGGACAGGUCCACUGGAAAGGAGUUUGCCCUAAAGAUUAUAGACAAAGCCAAAUGUUGUGGAAAGGAACACCUGAUUGAGAAUGAAGUGUCAAUACUGCGUCGAGUGAAACAUCCCAAUAUCAUCAUGCUGGUCGAGGAGAUGGAGACAGCAACGGAGCUCUUUCUGGUGAUGGAAUUGGUCAAAGGUGGAGACCUCUUUGAUGCAAUUACUUCUUCAACCAAGUACACUGAGAGAGACGGCAGCGCCAUGGUCUACAACCUCGCCAACGCCCUCAGGUAUCUUCACGGCCUCAGCAUUGUGCACAGAGACAUCAAGCCAGAGAACCUCUUGGUAUGUGAGUACCCGGACGGAACCAAGUCUUUGAAACUGGGAGACUUCGGGCUCGCCACUGUGGUGGAAGGCCCUUUGUACACAGUCUGUGGCACACCAACUUACGUGGCUCCAGAAAUCAUUGCUGAAACUGGCUAUGGCCUGAAGGUGGACAUCUGGGCCGCCGGUGUGAUCACAUACAUACUUCUCUGUGGAUUCCCACCAUUCCGCAGUGAGAACAAUCUCCAGGAAGAUCUCUUUGACCAGAUCUUGGCUGGGAAGCUGGAGUUUCCAGCCCCCUACUGGGAUAACAUCACAGACGCUGCCAAGGAAUUAAUCAGUCAAAUGCUUCAGGUAAACGUCGAAGCCCGGUGUACCGCGGGACAAAUCCUGAGUCACCCCUGGGUGUCAGAUGAUGCCUCCCAGGAGAAUAAUAUGCAAGCGGAGGUAACAGUUUGAUUUGACAGUUUGAGAGACACCUCAGAGUUUCGUUCUUUACCCAGUUGAGACAAUGGGGAAUCCCGCAGCAGGAUGCUGGUAUUCAACGUGCUGCGCUUCCUCAGAGCCACUCCUAACUCGGGCUGCAUGCUUGUCUCCGAGCUCUGACACCGCCUGCCAGCUCUUAGCUCCUUCCUGGCGCGGGUCUCCCGUACCUACUGACGUCCUUUCAGCCAGCCAAGCGCGGCCUGGAAAACUUUCCUUUAAAACGUCUCGGCUUGCCACGCUGCCUGCCGCCCCAGACCAGAGGCUGGCGAGUGCGCGGGGGGAGGAUUCCAAUAGUUCUCCUGCUAAAAGCCAUUCUCCACCUCGGUGGAAAAAGCAUCUUUUUGUGCACGACGGCAUAAGACGGGUGCCUCUGGGAAGGCUUUUGCUCUCUUUCUCCUCCUGUGUUUCCAAAGAUGAAUUUUUAUCAGCAAGACAGUAUACUGUCAGCCAGCCUUUGAGAUAAGAGAAGAUAAUUUUAUUGGAUAAAGUUUGGGUUUCAGAGAGGCCUGUGGUUUGGGGUCACACUUGCGUUUUCUUCGACCGUCCUUAGCAUGCAGGGCGGCUCCUUUGUUUAUCCCGGAGGGCUCACCCGGCCUCAGACUCCGCAGGGGGCCACCUUGUGGCAGGAAAGGGAACAGUAAGAAAGCUCCACUCGGCGUCUUUCAGGGCAGCCCUGAGAAAGGAUGGCUUCCCGCGGAUCGCUUUCCCCACUCGGGGACGAUGCUCCUCUUAGAGGGAGACUGGGGAACGAUUUGGGUUGCUUUCCUUAAUUUAAGAUAGACAAAACUGUUUCACUCAUGUUGCUUCUGUUUAAAGUAAGUCUAGUUUCUGUCCCCGCUUCUCUCCUGCCUUCUCUCGCCUCUCCCGCCGCCUGCAUUGCUUCCCUCUGCCUAGGUCCAAGGCGACGGUAGGUACUAACCGCACGGCCAUGCUGCCUCCUGCCGCGCUCGCACGUGUUCCGCGGACGGGAAGAGGAAAGGAGAAAUAACGGGGGUCGCUGUUUCCUUCUCCCCAGGGGAAAUUUUGUGGCAGAAAACACUCUGCUGCCUCUGUGUUUCCUGUGUUUGGGGACGGCGUGGCCUCCUGUGAGACUAGGAGCUUGGAAACCAAGCUCUGACCGGGCUUUGCCACAGUUGCCUCCUCCCCAGGUCGUCAGGGUUGGCCUUGGAAGUUGCUGAAUGUGCAGCUUCGGCUCCGCACGGCCUGUGAACCGCCAUGUGUAGUCGGCGGGCUGCCACACAAGUCGCUCUGAGGACGCCCUGUCCUUUGUUCUUACUUUCUCCAGAGUUUUAUUUUCUUUUUUCUUUUUCAGUCAAAGUACUGAAAGAGGCUGUAGUGCAUUUCCCCCCAGGGUAGUGAGAUUACAGAAUGCCCCCAGACCAUUGUCCCUUUGAGCGGAAGGUGCUACAGUCUCCCUCAUGUUUGGAAAACCCAGGGAGAUGGCAGCUUGACGAGUUUCCCUGGAUAAGCAAGAAAUGCUCCAAGAAGGAAAAAAGAAGACUCGGUCUCGCUUCCCUGCCCAGGGUCAGAAACACUUCAGGGGCUGUUCCCUGCUCCCUGAGGAGUUGAGCGCGUGGAACCCGCGGGUGUGUCGGGACGGGUGGAGGAGGCCGUGGGGAUCUAAAGCGUGGACGGUGUGGCUCCGUCUCGGAUUCCUGCGCCUUUUAUAGAUCCCACGGCCACUGGACUGUGAGGGGGUUACUUAUUUAUAUGACACACGAGGGACUUUUCAAUCCGUAACAGAGAACCUUCUUUAGAAAAGUAAACAUUAAGCACUGACCACCCCCGUGGGGUUUGCUGUUGUCUCGGGAUUCUUUUGAGCCUCAGUCCGGGCAGGGGCAGAGCAGUCAGCUCAGGGCCAGAGAGGACAGCGGCCACCGAGUCGCGUGUUCCCCGGGGGCUGCCGGCCGGGUCACGGGAGGAGCAGAGGCCAAGGUCAGCCUGUUCCCCAGGGCUGGGUACCCUAAACCAUUGCUUUUCUUAAGGCUCCCGUUAGAAGCGUGACGUUAUUUCUCCUCUUCUGUUUCCGAGUCCCGUGCAUGCUCUGUCGUGCUCUCUGGUCGUGGGAGCUGGGACCCGAGCCUGGGCCGGGGUAACGUGUUGUCUCUGCUGCUUUCUCCGCAGAACACGGCUCUAGAUAAGGAGGGGCAGAUUUUCUGCAGUAAGCACUGUCACGACAGCGGCAGACCUGGGAUGGAGCAGCUCUCUCCACUUCCUCCCUCGGCC